UCUAGUUGAAUUCCAGUGUAAAUUACGCAGUUAGUGUUUCAAUAAUAAUUUUAACCAUUUGCAAUUUAUUGACUUUGUUUUUAUCCUCUUCAUCUAUCUCCUCGGUUGCACAACAUUUACCUUUUUAACAGUUUGUUUAUGUUAAUUUCUACCCAUUCGUCAUGUUCAUGCAGUUGAUCAUUUUAUUUAGAUCAUUUUAAAACCCAGCUGUAACAGCAGUAUAGUCACCGGUAAAGAGAAAGUUUUGUUUUUAGGGUAUUUCCGUUGCCAGUAGGGAUCCUUUUGAAUUAUUAUAUAACUGUUUUUGUGUGUUGUAGAAUAUGGCCUAUGUGGAUUGAACUCUUUGAGGUCUUGCUCCUAUUAUUUUGGUAUGAGCAUAAGAAACUUGUUUGUCAUCUCUCUAUUACUAUGAAUAACAUAGGAUGCUUCUCUAUGGAGAGGAAUUGCAUCUUCCACAAUUGGAUAUUGCUUUCUUUUUGGAGAUUUAUAACUUUGGAAUUUAUGCACUUAGAUGGGGGAUUUCUGUUUUUCUGCAUUUGAGUUCAUAUAUGGUGCAUAUGGUGUUGUUAUACUAUGUUAUGUUAUGUUCUGAUAUUUUUUCCUGAGCAUUUUUUAAUGUGAAUGUUAUUAGCUGUUCUCUCAGCAAGCUUGAUGCAUAUCAUUGGAAUAAAAGAAGGAUUACCUCUUGAUGUUUUGUAAGAUGUGGUUCAGAGAACUAGAAUACUCGAAAUUUUGUUCUCCUUUCCUGUGGCACAGAAUUUUUUUAUUGUUAUUUGUGGUAUUGGUACGACGAAUUUGAAUGUAGAGUUAACCAUUUAAGUGAGUGCUUGUUUCAUGUAUUACAGGCACACGCACACAGAGUUGACCGUUUUUGUGACUACAGUUGAUCGAAUUCUUGCUUGCAGUAUCUCCUAUCUAAAACUUUCUUAUACACACACACACACACACACACACACAUGUAUGUAUGUAUUUUGAUUUGGAUGAUAGUUUCACUUGAAGGUAUAAAUAUCUAUAUAUAUAAGUUGUAUGCCCUUGAUUUUAAUCAUUUGAUUUCGAUCUGGAUGAUAGUUUCACUUUGAAGGUUCUCUGCUGGUUGGGUUUUGCUCUCUCUCUCUCUCUCUCUCUCUCUCUCUCUCUGUCUGUCUCUCUUUCUUUUGGUUUUUUAGUUUUAAAUUUUGUUUGUGUUCUUAUUUUUUAUUUAUUUUAUUUUUUUGCGGGGUAUAAAUGACAUCAUUAAUUGAAAAGUACUAAGGGCUUGCAAAAGAAGUGUGAUUUUAUCUCAUAGUUAAAGUUAGAACUUGCAGACAUACUGUGAUCAUCCUCAUUUGUGAUAUCAUCUGAGUUCUGGAUAGUGAUAUACUUUACUGUUUGUAAAUCUGGAUUGGUGUUUUUUAGUGCUGUUUUGAGUAUUGAUUCAGUAGCUGAUGUAUAAGUCUGAUAUGCAUACUGAAUUCUUCAUGGGAGAUGAUGAUAAGGAGUACCUUGUAAAGUAUAAAGAACUUCCUUAUGAUGAAUGUUUUGGGAGUUCAAAUCAGAAAUAACUGCAUUUCAACCUGAAAUUAAAUGAUUUAAUAAAAUUCGGUCCAAAUCUCAUAAAUCAUCUGCUAGUAAGCAAAAAAGCAGCCUUCAAGAUGCAGUUGAGUCCAAGUAGAAAUCAAAGGAAUUUCAACAGUAUGACCAUUGUCCUGAAUUUCUCUCUGGAGGUACAUUCUGAUUUUUUUCCCCCUCAAUCUAGCACCAGUUUUAGCAUGCUCACACAUAUUUUGGUCAUUAUUAAUUGCUGACAGCAUUUUCAAGGAAGUCUAGGCUCACUGCAUCCUUACCAGCUUGAAGGGUUGAACUUGCGUUUUUCUUGGUCCUAACAAACAGAUGCAAUUCUUGCUGAUGAGAUGGGCUUUGGUAAGUCCUGUUUGAAGAGAGGUUGCUUUUUUAAGGAGUUUGAGAGAUUCUAUCUUGAUAAUGGGGCUGCAAAUGCUUUGCCUUUGUUUGCCUGCAGGUAGAACCAUCCAGAGUAGUUCUUUCUUAGCAACUCUUUUUGAAGAGAACAUUGCUCCUCAUUUGGUAUUAGCUCCACUUUCAACAUUAUGGAACUGGGAACAAAAGUUUGUAACAUGGGCUCUCCCCAAAUAUAUGUUGUAUGUACAUGAAAAAUAUCAAAUUACUAGUAUAUGCUAUUUUAAUUGAGUAUACUCAUGAUGCAGGUUAUGUAUGUUGGCUCUGCCCAAGCUCGUGCAAUUAUAGGGGAAUAUGAAUUUUAUCAUCCUAAAAUGUCAUGAGAAGAUCAAGAAAUGGAUGUCUGGCCAAUUGCUUGUGAAAGCAAGCAAGAUAGGAUAAAAGUUUAUGUCCUUCUAACGUCCUAUGAGAUGAUUAACUUGGACACAGCAUCAUUGAAGCCAAUAAAGAGGCAGCGCAUGAUCGUUUAUGAAGGUCAUCGGCCCAAGAUAAGGAUUCAGAUUUGUUUCUAUUCAUUGAAGCAGAAUACCAGUAGCCACUGCACGCUUUUGACUGGAACUCCUCUUCAGGCAAGAACUAAGGCUUUAGGAGUAAGGAAGGGAGCAAUGGUUUGCUAG